AUGGCGUCCGCAUCUGUUAGACGACCGCCUUACAAGGACUUCCUCCAGCCUGCACUCCAUCGCCGUUUUAGUACCACGGCCUUGAUUCUGCUCGUCAUCGCAUAUGUCUAUGCCAUUGGCCUGGCCAGAUGGAACUCUUUCCUCUGGUCUUGGUUUCCCAUCGGCCCAACUGGCUUUCGCGCCGCCUUUUUCUGGUUCUCCGGCUCGCUCAUCCUCAUCCUGCGCAUCGCACAAUACCAUCCCGGCUACCGAACAUCCGACUCGGCUUUCGAUACCUUCCUCAAGCAUUGGCGCAACUUCUCGACCUUGGAGACCAUCUUGACGUAUGCCUUCUCUGCCUGGCUCUUUGCCCAGGUCUACCUACUCUCCCAGCCUAAGGACUCUGGGAUGGAAUGGGUGACCUACUUGUCGUACGAUAGACAGAGGCUGAACGAGAAGGCUGUCUUUUUUACCACCCAUCUUGUGAUUCUCGGCGUCUACCAGGCCAUCAGACAUCUAUAUUUGGACAUUGACCGGCUCCUCUUGGGUGUCGCUAAGCCCUCAGAGAAGGCCGUCCGAAACAACAACAGUGAUGUCGGCACCCUUAUGAAGAAGUUCUGGGGUGAGAUGCCUAUCAUUUUUUUGCAGUCACUCAAUCAAACGCUUGCCAGCCUGAUAUUGACUUUCGUCAUCUACCCGUUCCUGCGCAAGGCGGUCUGGCGGCUGUCGCUCUUCUUCUUUCGCCCAUUCUUCAACCUUCCAAAGACGAACUAUGUGCCAUAUUCGUGGCCCGUCUCCUUCAAGAGCGCCACUUCGAUGGUCCUGGCUAGCACCAUGCUCCUGAUCGUUUGGAUUGCUGGUAACACUGCGUUCACCAUGUUCAUGGUCAAGGAACCGACCAAGGAUCAACGCCCUUUCACCUCGGGGUCCAAGGAUCCCAAUGGCAGUCUCUUGAACGGACUCAGGCACAGAAAGUUGUUUUACAAGUGCUUCGCCAUGUGGGAGUUGGCUCUGAUUGCGCGCGAUUUCCCGGAGAGACGCAAAGCCAUCUACGAAGACCUCGACCGAAAGGACGGACCGGCGUGGUCGCAGGUCUGCUCCAUUUGUCUCGAGGUUCUGAAGAGCCUUGAGACGAACAUUGGCAAUUAUGGAAAGGCUCCUGAGCCUGUGGCUGCUCCAGUAGUACAGCCUGUUGAGGAAAAGGUUCGAACUGCUCCACCUCCAAAGGAGGAACCCAUCUUCCUGGGAGGCCCUGCCAGGAGGCGGAACUUCCUGUCUGAGGUUGAGAAGACGGUUGUUGAGGUUGCCGUUGCUCCUGGUCAAGGAUCUCCCCUCAAGCCAUUUGCGAAGAAGGUCGUAGAUGCGGCCAAGCAUCAACUCCUGGAGAUCCAAAAGGCCGUCACUGGAACCGACGAUACCGCCAGCCUCAUCAGGAGUUGGGCUCUGAAGGGACUCCACAAGUGGGUGGGGAUUCCAUUCCGCAAGGAGUACCGGAGAAGGAUGCUCCAUGCAGUUCUCGGAAGCCCUUACGGCGAGCCCAGUCUUUACAUCAACGCAGCCUACGCCCUCGGCAUGCUCACAAGCCACAGUCUGCAGGAGGACAAGUACGGCAACGUGCAGAGGGAUAUCGCGACGAUUAUCCGGACAUUGACGAAUAUGACCAAGAAGCUGGACAGAUUCAAGGAAGGGUUCGAGGUUCACUGGACGGAUGUUGAGGGUAUCAAGGAGUGCCCUGAGGUGGAUGCUAUUCUGGAGGCCUUGAGGGAAGCUUUGACCACGCUCAUUGUCGAGUUUGGUCCGUAUGCGCGGGAUUUGAGGCUGACGUUGACGGAUAUGCGCUUGGCCAGGGAGGCUGCGAAUUUUCCGGAGCCGCAGCCAAGGGCGGACCAUCUACUAGACCUGAGCCAGUGGAAGAGGUGAUGAAGAUAUUGUGAUGACUGGAGCAUAUUUCUUGUAUGAGUAAGCACACACACACACACGGAGUAGGGAGGUUUUGCUUAAAAGGAAAAAUAGGGAGAAAAGCAGCAUGGCUUUGUUUUCGGCGGCAUGUUAUGGAUUGUUUUAUGUUGUAUGACACUACCUCAAUGAGCGUACGGUAGUGGUGCUACAUAAGGUACAAACAGAUUGUUUACUUGCA